AUGCCCAUGGCGACGAUACACGCUUACCAAAAUCUCGGUGUUAAUCAGAAACUUUCUCAGCUUCAAAACUCGGCGCAAAGACGACUUGCCCCAGCUCCAGACGCAGGAAGAUGUAAGAAGAAAACCUAUCUUCAACAAACAUACCCUGCUCCACCUGCCUCAGUAGCACGGCGCAACGCAAGAGAGCGGAAUAGAGUUAAGCAAGUUAACAAUGGAUUUGCGGCACUUCGUCAACACAUACCAUCAGCUGUUUCAGCAGCCCUAGCUGGCGGCAGAGGAUCUUCCCGAAAACUGAGCAAAGUUGACACCCUUCGGCUUGCAGUUGAAUACAUCAGAAGCUUGAAAAAGUUACUGGACGAUAGCGACGAAGGCUGCACAGAAACACAAAUGAGCAUAGGAUUAAAUAAUAGUGGACCGCAGACACCACCUUCCUCCGAAGAGUCUCUGUCUCCGGCACCAUCCCUAAUAUCAGAAAGUUCAGCUAGUGCUAAUUGUCAUGAGACCUAUGAUUCUUACGAACCCAUGAGCCCCGAAGAUGAAGAGCUUCUUGAUGUUAUAUCGUGGUGGCAACAACAGUGA